AUGUCGACAUCAACAGUUGCAAGUUUUGCUCUCAUCCUCAUCGUCGGCUUGUAUAUAGUCCGACUUUUGUUGAGAAAGCCUCCUGUACCUCUUCCACCAGGACCUUCACCAAAGUUUUUGGUGGGAAAUAUUGCUGAUCUCCCACGACGAGGGGGACAGGAAUGGCUGCAUUGGCUACAGCACAAGGAUCUUUAUGGACCCAUAAGCUCAGUCACUUCUCUUGGUAAAACAAUAAUUAUUCUCAAUGAUGUCCAAACGACCAUCGAUCUCAUGGAAAAGCGAUCUGCUAUAUAUUCUUCCCGGCCAAAGAUGGCCUUUGCAGGGGAAAUGAUUGGCUGGCAUGAUACUCUUGGAUUGCUACCAUACUCGGAUCGAUUCCGCACAUAUCGCAAGACAUUGCAUCGAGCCCUGGGGACGAGCUCUGCCGUCGCUCGCUUCACUUCUCUACAGGAGGUUGAGAUUCGUCGGUUUUUGCUGCGGGUGCUGCGAGAACCAGAUGCGUUGCUGCAGCAUAUUCGAACUGAGGUGGGGGCAGUGAUUUUGAAAAUUUCAUAUGGUUACACAAUCCAACCGCAUACGAACGACCCUCUGGUUGAUCUUGCCAACGAUGCCAUGACGCAGCUUUCCAUGGCGGCAACCCCGGGUGCUUGGCUAGUGGACAUUAUUCCCUUAAUGAAAUACUUACCAGCCUGGUUUCCUGGGGCUGGGUUUAAGCAAGCAGCCAUCGAGUGGAGAAGGACUUUGAUGAAGACCAUAGACACUCCCUACGCGUUUGUACAGCAGCAGAUGAAGAGCGCCGCUCAUGAACCGUCCGUCCUAGCGAGCUUACUCGAAAAUGCACGAGUAAUUCCUGGUUCUGAGGAGGAACAUGUGGCGAAACUGUCGUCUUCAUCACUAUACACUGGUGGUGCUGAUACAACUGUCUCCUCGUUGUCGUUCUUCUUCCUCGCAAUGGCAUUAUUCCCAGAGAUUCAACAGAAGGCUCAGCACGAAAUCGACAAAGUCAUUGGAAACACAAAACUUCCUUCCUUUAACGACCGAGCAAAGUUGCCCUAUAUUGACGCCUUGGUCAAAGAAGUCCUCCGAUGGCAGCCAGUUGCGCCAACUGGUGUCCCACACGCGUCAAUUGCCGACGACAUCUAUCAAGGAUAUUUUAUUCCAAAGGGAUCGGUCAUUAUUGCUAAUAUAUGGGGCUUUAUGCAUGAUCCUAGCACAUAUCCCGAUCCGAUGGCUUUUAAGCCAGAACGUUUCCUCGACACCGAUGGCCAUAUUCCCGAGCCAGACCCGCAUAAUGUCGCAUUUGGAUUUGGACGUCGCGUAUGUCCAGGCCGAAUUCUAGCAGACUCAACUAUCUUCCUGACCAUCGCGCAAUCUCUUGCUGUAUUUAAAAUUAGCAAACCGAUUCACGAUGGCAAGGAGGCUGAGCUCAAAGUUGACUUCCUCCCCGGGUUCAUCUGUCAUCCUAAACCAUUCAAAGUUAACGUCCAAUUACGUUCUUUGGCACAUGAGGGACUGAUCCAGUCGAUUGAGAUUGAUCAUCCAUGGGAGGAGAGUCAUGCACCGUUCUUGAACAUAUAA